UAAUAUUGUAUAAGAGGUAUUUAAAGGAAAAAAUAAGCUAAACCGGGUAAUUAAGGAAAAACCUAGCCUAAAUCGGAUAAAUAUUCUUUCUCAAUAAAUAUAAAGUGUAUUUUUCCCUAAAAUUAAACUAUAAUGGGAUUGGGAGGAGGUAAAUAUUAGUCCUACAAAUAUGGAAUGAAAGGAAUAGGCAUCCUAUAUAAGGAGUUUCUAUUUUUUUGUUCUAAGGAAAGUAGGCAUAUUUGCCAUAAUUGUAGGAAGAGAAUAUUAUAUAGGUAUUUAUCCAGCUACCUUUAUGGGGCUUUGCCGUUCCCUUGGUGCGGACUGAAUAAUUAUUGGGUUGUAACCGAUUCACCGUAAAUGAAUUGCGGUAAUAAUCCGAUUAUGGGUUCGCUUAUUUGUCCCAAACCUCGAAGGCUUGGAGAUCACAAUAGCUAUUCUAACUGCAUUCCUUUAAGAAAUCAAGCUGAGGCCUUUAUUUCAAAAGGUGGAGCAGAACUUAUUGAUCUCAUUCUCAAAGAGGACGGCAUAGCUGCAACACAAUAUGCAUCCGAUUUGUCAUCAUCCCCUCCUUUCUUCUCUGGUUCACCUCCUUGUAGAGCUAUGAAUCCAUUAAUCCAUGAUGCUCAAUUCGCAAACGAAAAGCAACCCCGUGUAUCUUCAUCACCAAGUCCAUCGACUUCAUCUUCACCGUCUCCAUCAUCAAGUUGUAAAGGCAGGUGUGCAAGGGCAAGACUUGGGAAAAAUCAGUCACCAAAUAGAGUAGAGGGCUUUGACUGCCGAAACUCUCGCAUGGCUGCUAUGGCGUAAAUCUUCCUUACUAAACAGUAUAUAAAGGAAUCUUGACAGCUGAACUAUGUAUAUAGAAUGUCUGACUAGAAAAGAAGAACAUUUUUUUGGAGAAUUAGGGUAAAGUUUUGGUUUUGCUUUAAUAUUAUUGUGCAAAGAUGUGGCUCUUUCGCACAAGUUAAUUAAAAUAAGGUGGUUGAGAGUUGAUAAUUUUGCUUGGGUGCAUCUGUAAAAAUGCACUCCAUCGAUUUUGGUGCCCCAAAUUUUUGAUAAUUUGAAAAGUAGUAGUAUUGUAUAUAUGUGAAAUUUGGAAUAGGAGGUUGUGAUUUGAGUUUGAUUUUUCUUAUAGCCUUUGUCUUGGUGGUUUCUGUUUUAUAGACUUGAUGAAGAUAUUUUGAUUUCUUAUAUGUCUAUUAGUUAUGCAAGUAUGUUCACAUAAGUUGGAGGAUUCCUCUUUUCCAACAUCACUUUUUGAGGUAAGCUUGUAGUGUUCUCAAAUAGUAUAAUCUUGUAGGAGUAUUUCCUUUGAAAAUAUUUGAAAUCCUAUCCCUUUUAUCUCCAGUUUGUACAAUUGUGGCCCAGAAAAGUUUGAGAUAAUUCAGUAGCGAAAGAUAUUGCCUCGAGAGUGCCAACAUUGUCCUUUUCUAACAGGAGUAGUCUGUUUGGUUAAGUUUUCAACAUCUGCUUAUUUCGAAAAAUGUUUUUAGGUGAGUAACAAUUUGUAAUUCGCUAACAAUUUGAAAACGAAAAAGGGCUAAAAUUACCCCUGAACUUUGGGAAAUAGUUCAUUCAUAUCCUUCGUUAUACUUUAGGGCAAAUUAUACCCUUAC